AGUGGAGAAGAGACUCGCUGCGUCCGCAGCUGCUUAUAAAGAGCGGCUGACAGAGAAGAGCGGUAGAGAACAGAGAGAACAGCAGAAACGAAGAGGAGCAGAGCGGCGACUUUACAGCGAGACUUUAUCUACACACAUUUUACAGCUCUGUUACCUACACCUGACAACAAUCAAGAUGUCCUCUGCGAAAGGAGUUGCUAUCGGCAUUGACCUGGGCACCACCUACUCUUGUGUAGGAGUGUUUCAGCAUGGAAAAGUGGAGAUCAUUGCUAAUGACCAGGGAAACAGGACCACCCCCAGCUAUGUGGCCUUCACAGACACAGAGAGGCUCAUUGGAGAUGCUGCCAAAAAUCAAGUGGCCAUGAACCCCAACAACACCGUUUUUGACGCCAAGAGGCUGAUCGGCCGCAAGUUUGACGAUCCUAUCGUCCAAUCUGACAUGAAGCACUGGCCCUUCCAAGUCACCAGUGAUGGAGGAAAGCCAAAGGUUCGAGUUGAGUACAAAGGAGAGACGAAGACCUUCUACCCUGAAGAGAUCUCCUCCAUGGUUCUGGUGAAGAUGAAGGAGAUUGCCGAGGCUUAUCUGGGACAGAAGGUAACAAAUGCUGUUAUUACUGUACCUGCCUACUUCAAUGACUCUCAGAGGCAGGCCACCAAAGAUGCUGGAGUGAUCGCUGGUCUGAACGUCCUGAGGAUCAUCAAUGAGCCCACAGCUGCAGCGAUCGCCUAUGGCCUGGACAAAGGCAAGAAGGAAGAGCGCAACGUCCUGAUCUUUGACCUGGGAGGUGGAACCUUCGACGUGUCCAUCCUGACCAUUGAAGAUGGCAUCUUUGAGGUGAAAGCCACCGCAGGAGAUACUCACCUGGGUGGGGAAGACUUUGACAACCGCCUGGUGAACCACUUUGUGGAGGAAUUCAAGAGGAAGCACAAGAAAGACAUCAGCCAGAACAAGCGGGCACUGAGGAGGCUUCGUACAGCCUGUGAGAGAGCCAAGAGAACCCUGUCCUCCAGCUCUCAGGCCAGCAUUGAAAUCGACUCCCUGUAUGAGGGCACUGACUUUUACACUUCCAUCACCAGAGCACGAUUUGAGGAGAUGUGCUCAGACCUGUUCAGGGGAACGCUAGAGCCAGUGGAGAAAGCCCUGAGAGAUGCCAAGAUGGACAAGUCCCAGAUCCAUGACAUUGUCCUGGUUGGAGGUUCUACAAGAAUCCCCAAGAUCCAGAAACUGCUGCAGGAUUUCUUCAACGGGCGUGAACUGAACAAAAGCAUCAAUCCAGAUGAGGCAGUAGCUUAUGGUGCUGCAGUUCAGGCUGCCAUCCUCAUGGGCGACACCUCUGGAAACGUCCAGGACCUGCUGCUGCUGGAUGUGGCCCCACUGUCCCUGGGCAUUGAGACCGCAGGAGGAGUCAUGACCGCUCUCAUCAAACGCAACACCACCAUCCCCACCAAGCAGACACAGGUCUUCAGCACGUAUGCAGACAACCAGCCUGGUGUUCUGAUCCAAGUGUAUGAAGGUGAGAGAGCCAUGACGAAAGACAACAACCUGCUUGGCAAGUUUGAGCUGACGGGCAUCCCACCUGCACCACGCGGAGUUCCUCAGAUUGAGGUGACCUUUGACAUUGACGCCAACGGCAUUCUGAACGUGUCAGCGGUGGACAAAAGCACCGGCAAAGAGAACAAGAUCACCAUCACCAAUGACAAGGGCAGACUGAGCAAGGAGGAGAUUGAGAGGAUGGUGCAGGAAGCAGAUAAGUACAAAGCAGAGGACGACCUCCAGAGAGAGAAGAUUGCUGCCAAGAACUCUCUGGAGUCGUACGCCUUCAACAUGAAAAACAGUGUGGAAGAUGAAAAGAUGAAAGGCAAGAUCAGUGAAGAUGACAAGAAGAAAGUCAUUGAGAGGUGCAACCAGGCCAUUAACUGGCUGGAGAACAACCAGCUGGCUGAUAAGGAGGAGUUUGAGCAUCAGCUGAAGGAACUGGAGAAAGUCUGCAACCCCAUCAUCGCUAAGCUGUACCAGGGAGGGAUGCCAGCUGGAGGCUGUGGAGCUCAGGCACGAUCCAGCUCAGGGGCCAGUGCCCAGGGGCCCACCAUUGAAGAGGUGGAUUAGAAAAGAUGAACUUAAUUGACUCCUCAGUUUUCUUUGGUGCCAAUUUAAAUGUAUCUUCUUUAAUACUGAUUAAGCUUAACAUUCCAUGUUAUUUAGUAUAUGGGUGACAUAAGGAACUUUCAUUGCUGUGCAUGAGAGACUUAUAGUAACUUUCGAUCAGCAGAAAAACAGUCAAGAACCGUAACAUGUAAAUAUCGUAAAUAUGGUUUACAUUUGUAAGUUAUUUAUUGUUAAUAAAAUUGGUUUUAAUAAA